AUUUAAUGGCGCAGUUUGGAAGAUAAGGCGCAAAAACUCAAAAAAGUGUUAACAAACUUCUUUACUAACUUUUUCAUGUAAAAAAUAAAUUCACAAAUGAUGGAUGCCGAUAAAGUUGCCAAUUUCUUUCCUUUAACUUGCAGAAAAGAUGUUUUAAAUUUGAUUAAUUCUUUCAUCACUUCGAAAAGUCCAGACCCGGUUAUGAUUUCACUAAUUUUAGGCAAAAUAGAGCACGAGUUAACGCAAUUUCCAUGCAAAAAUGACUCGAGUGUUAACGAUCUUUACUCGAAAGUUGACUUCAAAGAGUUAAAAACUAUGCACAACAAUUAUUUAGAGUACUUGAGGAAGCCGGUGCUAAUUGAAAAAACGUUCACUAACGACGACGACGAUGACGAAGAAAAAACGAUUUGUGGCCGAAAUAAACUCAAUCGCGAACAUGCGCAAACAUCAAAACGUGAAAAAAUAAAAGAAAUUUACAACAAAGUUUGGUUUAAAUUGGCCAGGAGUUAUCGCAAAGAUAGACAUCACAUGCAGACUAUCUAUAGUCUGCUAAAUGAUCAGAAACUAGAUUGCUUUGGUGUGAGCAUCAGUGUUGUGCUAUCCUGUCAUCUCCUAGAUCUUCGUGAUGUCACAUUGGUGAUGUCAGAGGAUCAUUCCUGGAUUGAAUUCAACAUAGAGGACAUCUGUAAUGAUGUAAUCAACAACGACAUCAACACCACCAAUGUUGUUCAGAGGGAUACGAUCAGAGGUUACGAUGAUGAGGUUGGCCGGCAAAGUAUGGAAGUUACCUGGCAUGGCAAACAAACAAAAGAUAAGAGAGGGUGUCGUGUGGUAAGCCCGGAGAAGAGGUGGCUGACGAGUGGGGGCCAGGCAGUUAGGUGCAAAUCAGGGAUUUCCUUGGUGGCUGCUAUGGUCUGCAAAAUGAAUCCCAUCAUCGACGCCGGUGCUGAAUCAAAGGAACUUUUGGCUUUGAAAUUCGUUUGUGUCCCUUAA